UUCCGGCUCCGGCAGUGUGGGGAGCCGGACCGAUAUGGAGGAAGAUGCCGCUGAAGUCCGCUCGCCGAGAGCUGAAGCUAGGGCAGGAUCAACACCCUAGGAGUCCCGGCCCACAGAGCGCCGGUAUUGUCGACAGGGCCAUUCUGGGCUCGGGAGGCAUUACGGCACUAUGGAGGAUAAACGCAACAUCCCAAUCAUUGAGUGGGAACAUCUGGACAAGAAGAAGUUCUACGUCUUUGGUUUGGCGAUGACCAUGAUGAUCCGAAUCAGUGUCUACCCCUUUGCCCUCAUCCGCACACGGCUCCAGAUACAGAAGGGCAAGAGUCUCUAUCAAGGAACUUUUGAUGCCUUUGUGAAGAUUCUGCGGACAGAUGGGGUGUUGGGCCUCUAUCGGGGCUUCUUGGUUAACACACUCACCCUGGUCUCUGGCCAGUGCUAUGUUACCACCUAUGAGCUCACCCGAAGGUUUGUGUCGAAGUACAGCCAGAGCAACACAGUGAAGUCCCUAGUGGCUGGUAGCUCAGCCUCAUUGGUGGCCCAGAGCAUAACAGUGCCCAUUGAUGUGGUUUCCCAGCACCUGAUGAUGCAGCGCAAGGGCGAGACCAUGGGCCGCUUCCAGGUGUAUCGGCGUACAGAGGGCCGGGGGAUAGUGGCCUUUGGCCAAACCAAGUAUAUCAUUCAGCAGAUCCUGCGAGCUGAUGGAAUACGGGGCUUCUACCGAGGUUAUGUGGCUUCUCUACUCACCUACAUACCCAAUAGUGCUUUAUGGUGGCCCUUCUACCACUUUUAUGCAGAGCAGCUCUCCCAUAUCUGUCCUAAGGACUGCCCCCACAUAAUCUUCCAAGCCAUUUCUGGGCCCCUGGCUGCAGCCACUGCCUCCGUCAUCACCAACCCAAUGGACAUCGUCCGAGCCAGAGUACAGGUGGAGGGUAAGAGCUCAAUCAUCUUGACUUUCAAGCAGCUGUUGGCAGAGGAGGGGCCCUGGGGCUUCAUGAAAGGUCUCUCUGCCAGGAUCAUUGCAGCCACACCCUCCACCAUGGUCGUAGUGAUAGGCUAUGAAAGCCUUAAGAAGUUCAGUCUUAGGCCAGAACUGGUGGACUCCGGACACUGGUAAUGCGUGGUGGGGAGAGAAGCCUGCCAUGCCCUGAAGAGAGGGACAGAGAAAGCGGACAACACUCUCCACUGGCCAUGCACACAGUCCUCAGCCGGACUGAUUGCUUGGAAAAGGGAUACCAAGCUGCUCUAGUUGAAUAGGCUUUGAGCUUGGAUCUCCAGCUCAUGCUGUUUUUAAUUCUCUGGCCAAACUGAACCCCCUCAUCCAGGCUUCCUUUUCUGAUCCUUAGCCAAUUCCUUUUUAAAAAGGGACUAGUUAAGGAACCUUUCUCAGCUUUCUUCCAUCACCAUCCUUAGGCUGUACAUAGGUUGCUUUUCUAUUCUUCUUUCCCCUUUGACUGCUUUUCCAGGCUUCAAGGGACCACGGUCAUCUCUUGCCCUGGCCCCCUUUCCUAAGCCAGUUGAUUCUUAAUUCUUUUAGGAUGGCGCUGCCAAAAAUCUGUAAUAUCUUUCCCUCCACCAUUGGGGGAGUGCCCAUCUCACUAAGGAGGGAGCAGCAGAGAACCUCUAGUUGUCUGGAAAAUUCUUCCCUCUUUCUCUGGGGAAGUUGAUAGUUUGGGAUGAGAGAAUGGGAAGAAAAUCUAUAUGGAUUAAUUUUAUUUUUGUUAAAAAUUUGUGAACCAACCUUUUGUUUUUUAAGUCCGCUAGAACACCAUUCCUGCAGCUAGACCCCAUAUCUGCCAUAGCAGUUGGAAUGUGUAGUUUUUACCUCACCGGUGGCUCCUUAUGCUCUUUGUAUUCCCUUAGUUCAGUCCCCAAUAGGUCUUAGGCAGCAUCUUUGACUACUGGUUCUUCCCCUGGCCUCCCAAACAUUUUUUGUAAUGGGCAUUAUGCCUGCAUAACUGAACAGGCCUAAAGUAGCACCCUGAAAAGUUAGAUUGAUCAUGUAGAUUGAAAACAGAAGAAGCUUGCUGAGACAAAGGAAGGGAAAGCUUGUCAUGGCAGGUCACAGCUCUGAACAUCUCCAGCCAUCAAUAUAUUUCUUCCAUCAGUGAUUCGAUCUGUCUCCCAUUGACACCUCAGCUGAAGGACAGGAAGCUUUACAAGGUAUUGAGCUGACUAUUCUCUUAUCCUGUGAUAUUAAAAGUUAGCAGACACUAAAUCUAGAAGUAUGAUAAUGGUAGUGGGGAGCAGGAAAGGGUUCUCAAAAGGGGAAAGGGUGCAUCUUUCCUCUGUCUCCAUUCACAGCCAUUUUACCAUUUUACCAGCAUGAUACUGCCAAGAUUUCCUAUUGAAACCCUUCAAAAACCUGGGAAAUUGAACCACUUCAUUUCCCAUUGCAACUCACACAUAGUGAAUGAUAAUUAGAUUCAACCUUACUGAUUUUCCAGUGGGGCUACUGAGUUGCUUCCUGGCAUGAUUGCUUUGUAUAGGACCUCCUGCUUCUCCCCACCCAGGAAAGGCUAGGAUGCCUUUCUAUUGAAGGGUGCUAGCUUCACAACAACUUUGAUAUUUGUCCUCUAUACCUUCCCACCCCCUACCCAGGUACCCUGGAAAUGACAUCUAUUUAUGUUUAACUUUCUGUGCAUCACCUCUGGUUUCAAUAUCCACGGCUGUGUCUUCUUCACAAAUUUGUCUUGUUCACUUUAGUCUCUCUUGUCUCUCCUUCUUCGAUGCUUUGUUGAGGGCUUUCUUCUGCUCUUUACUCCAUCUUUGAAACACCCCAUCCCCCCCAUUCUGACCCAUACGACCCUUAGGCUUGGGGUGACCCUAACAAUGGAAACAGAAUUGCUUCAUGUUCUUUACCAUCAGUAUAAAGCCCUUGCAGGCCUCUGUCCCGCAAAGACUGAUUUCAAGCCCCUUCCUCUGUGUAGCUGAGCAGGAAUGCCCUGGGAACACGCUGCCCUCACACACUUCUCGGGCAUCCCUCCCUACAAGCGCCUUGUGUCUUGCUGUUCUUUUGUCCUUCCUUCUCACUCCCCCUUGUCCCACACUGCUGUUCCUGACUUUUAAGGGAUAAGGCAGUGUCCUAAAGGGACUGAGACCCGGAGUCCAGCAGUGGCAGGGGAGAAGAGGACUUUAUGUCUUCCAGGGUAGCAUGGGGAAGGCUGGAAUGUUUUGGGGUUGACUCGAUCUGUUCGAGCGAAGUUCUCGAGGGAGGAGGGCAGAGAACCGGGUGGCCCUGUUGUGAGGGGCUGGGCCGAGAAGACGCAGCAGCACUCAGACUGCUCUUUGACCAUUUAAUACUGAGUGAUACGUAAUGUGACUAUUCAAAACAGGUUUCACUGUUGCACUGUAAGAAGUCUUUGUCGUAUAAUUAAACAUUUUUAUUGUUUGA